GUUGUAAUUAUGACAUCACCUCCAGGACCGUUAGCAGAGUCAGUGGGUUUACUGUAUGCGAUGUUUUUAAAUGUUCUGCCGAGUCACUACUGAGAUGAAUCAUGGGAAACCGACGGAGGAAGAGAAGGCGAGAACACAGAGAUUCUUACGGGAUUAAGAUCUCUGAGCUGCUGACCCAAUUGGCUGUGAGAACCACACCCCCUAAUGGGCCCCUCCCCUGUAACGUCAGCCUCCUCCCCUCCUUCACCCUCCCCGCAGUCCGAGAAACGACCGCCACCACCCGCUCCAAGGCCCAGCUCCCAGAAUGCAUCACGAGACUCUCAGACACCCAGUGUCGGAAGUGGUACCACCAGAGACCAGCCACGCCCUUCUCCGCCUCUACCCCCACCCCAGCCCUUAACCCUAGGCCUGCCCCCAACACCCCGGGACACCCCACUGGUCCCGCCUCCACAAAUAGCAGCCAACCAAGGAGUGAGAGACCCAGCCUGUUUUUCCUACCCUAUCUUGCGGCAUGGAGGACUGCGAAGAGCUGUGAUUCGCUGUCCUUGGUGAGGGAUCUGUUCCAGAAGGGUGAGGUGUGUCCAGACAUCCUGGGGUUGAAGGAGUGGUCGAACCAGAGAACUGCAGCCUGGAUCAAGGAUACAACAGUAACAGCACAACGCAUGGCGAUAGAACCUGGUGUGAAUAGCGUGCAUUACUUUGAGGACCUGAGGGACCUGCAGAGGAAGUUGUUCAGGGGGAUCCGGUGGAUGUCCAGCAGGGGUCGCGACCUUUGAGCUGGGUGAACAUGACAACCUCUCCAGGACUUUAUACACCAUCAGCCUCAAACGCACCUCUCACAACACCUCCCUCCUCUGCUCCCCCACCACCAUGCUUCCCUCCUUUGCUCCCCCCACGCCUCCCUCCUUUGCUCCCCCCACACCUCCCUACCUGAAAGACAUUUAAUAAAAAUAUUAUGUAAAUGUCCUAAAGUGCAAAUAUACAUAUAUACAUACAUAUAUUAAAAUAAAAUUUUCUCAUUUAAAUAUAACAUUUUCUCAUUUAAAUACAACAUUAUCUUAUUUAAAUAUAACAUUUUCUGAUUGAAAUAUACAUUAUCUGAUUUAAAUAUACAUUAUCUGAUGAAAUUGCUUUAGAAAGGGGCACAAGACAGGGAUGUCCUUUCUCCCCUCUUCUGUUUGCACUGGUAAUUGAACCACUUGCAGAAAGAAUUAGACAGGACCCACACAAACAGGUAUUGGGGGAGUGUUAGAACAUAACGAACAAAAUUACAGUUAACAAAAAUGGCCGCUUAAACCAGUAUAAACUCAUGUAUAGAAUGUAUUAUACCAGAGACAAAAUUCACAACAUCUACAGCAUAACGGCAGAGUUAUGUCUCAAGUGUAAGCAUUAUUUUCACUCUGUCGUUUUAGGUUAGUAUUGCGGAGUAACUACAAUGUCAUUGAUCCAUCCACAGUUUUCUCCUAUCACAGCCAAUAAACUCUGUAACUAUUUUAAAGUCACCAUUGGCCUCAUGGUAAACUCGCUGAGUGGUUUCCUUCGGAAGGAUGCCUUUAUCUUUAUAGUGACUGGGUGUAUUGAUACACCAUUGUCAUGACGUUGGCCUGUGGGUAAGGUUUACCCUCGACCUGCAUGGCAAGCGGUACCGGAGUGCCAAGUCUAGGACAAAAAGGCUUCUCGACAGUUUUUACCCCCAAGCCAUAAGACUCCGGACUAUUUGCAUUGUGUGCCCCCCCCCAACCCCUCUUUUACGCUUCUGCGACUCUCGACUCAUCUUAUACAUUGGGGCAAAAAAGUAUUUAGUCAGCCACCAAUUGUGCAAGUUCUCCCACUUAAAAUGAUGAGGCCUGUAAUUUUCAUCAUAGGUACACUUCAACUAUGACAGACAAAAUGAGAAAAAAAAUUCAGAAAAUCACAUUGUAGGAUUUUUAAUGAAUUUAUUGUCAUAUAUGCAUAGUCACUUUAACUUCUUGAAUAUAGGGGGGCGCUAUUUUAAUUUUUGGAUGAAAAACAUAUCCCCGUUUUAAACAAGAUAUUUUGUCAUGAAAAGAUGCUCGACUAUGCAUAUAAUUGACCGCUUUGGAAAGAAAACACUCUGACGUUUCCAAAACUACAAAGAUAUUGUCUGUGAGUGCCACAGAACUGAUGUUACAGAAAAAAACCCAGAUAAAAAUCCAAUCAGGAAGUGAAACCGCCUCAUGCCAAUGACUCCUUAUAUGGCUGUGAAUGGGCCACGAAUGAGCUUAGGCUUUCUGUCGCUUCCCCAAGAUGUCGACAGCAUUGUGACGUAUUUGUAGGCAUGUCAUUGGAAGAUUGACCAUAAGAAACUACAUCUACCAGGUGGUCGCUUGGUGUCCUCUGUCGCAAUUAUUGCGUAAUCUCCAGCUGCAGUAUUUUUCCGUUUGAUUCUGAUGAGAAGCCAACUGCCACCACUGAUAGAUUAUCGAAUAGAUAUGAACACCUUGAGGAUUGAUUCUAAACAACGUUUGCCAUGUUUCUGGCGAUAUUAUGGAGAUAAUUUGGAAAAAAGUUUGGCGUUGUAAGUGACUGCAUUUUCCGGUCUUUUUCUUAGCCAAACGUGAUGAACAAAACGGAGCUAUUUGGUCUACACAAAUAAUCUGUUUGGAAAAAAUGAACAUUUGCUAUCUAACUAAGAGUCUCGUCAUUGAAAACAUCCGAAGUUCUUCAAAGGUAAAUUAUUUUAUUUGAAUGCUGAAUGCUAGGCUUAAUGCUAUGCUAGGCUAUCAAUAGUCUUACACAAAUGCUUGUGUAGCUUUGGUUGAAAAGCAUAUCUUGAAAAUCUGAGAUGACAGUGUUGUUAACAAAAGGCUAAGCUUGUGUUUCAAUGUAUUUCUUUCAUUUAAUUUGGGAUUUUCAUGAAUAGGAAACGUUGCGUUAUGGUAAUGAGCUUGAGGCUAUGAUUACGCUCCCGGAUACGGGAUUGCUCGUCGCUAGAGGUUAACCAUACCCUCAUGUAUUACCUCAAUAAGCCUGACUAACAGGUGUUUGUAUAUAGCUUUUGCUACUCUUUGUUCAAAUGUAUUUUUACUGUUGUUUUAUUUCUAUACUUAGCUACACACACACACACACACACACACACAUAUACCUUUUUUUCCCCACACCAUUGGUUAGAGCCUGUAAGUAAGCAUUUCACUGUAAGGUCUACCUGUUGUAUUCGGCGCACGUGACAAAUAAACUUUGAUUUGAUUUGACCCUCUCACCCUUUACCAUUUACCCUCUGAACUCUACCCUUUACCCACUACCAUCCACCCUUUACCCACUACCCUUUACCAGCUUCCCUUCACCCGCUUCUCUUUACCCACAACCCUCUGCCCGCUACCGUCUAACCACUACCCUUUACCCACUACCCUUUACCCACUACCGUUUAACCACUACCGUUUAACCACUACCGUUUACCCACAACCCUCUACCCUUUACCCGGUACCAUCUACACAUUACCCUCUACCAUUUACCCACAUCCCUUUACCCACUACCCAUUAAACUCAACCCUCUACCCUUUACCUGGUACCAUCUACACAUUACCCUCUACCAUUUACCCACCUCCCUUUACCCACUACCCUUUACCCGCUACCGUUUAACCACUACCCUUUACCCACUACCGUCUAACCACUACCCUUUACCCGCUACCGUUUAACCACUACCCUUUACCCACUACCGUCUAACCACUACCCUUUACCCGCUACCCUUUACCCACUACCCUUUACCCACUACCCUUUACCCACUACCGUCUAACCACUACCCUUUACCCGCUACCCUUUACCCGCUACCGUUUAACCACUACCCUUUACCCACUACUGUCUAACCACUACCCUUUACCCACUACCCUUUACCCGCUACCGUUUAACCACUACCCUUUACCCACUACCCUUUACCCACUACCCUUUACCCACUACCGUUUAACCACUACCCUUUACCCGCUACCCUUUACCCACUACCGUUUAACCACUACCCUUUAAACUCAACCCUCUAUCCUUUACCCGGUACCAUCUACACAUUACCCUCUACCAUUUACCCACCUACCUUUACCCGAAUCCCUCUACCAUUUACCUUCUACCCACCUCCCUUUUCCCGAAUCCCUCUACCAUUUACCUUCUACCCGCUACCAUUUACCCACCUCCCUUUACCAGAAUCCCUCUACCAUUUACCCACCUCCCUUUACCCGAAUCCCUCUACCAUUUACCCACCUCCCUUUACCCGAAUCCCUCUACCAUUUACCCACCUCCCUUUACCAGAAUCCCUCUACCAUUUACCCACCUCCCUUUACCAGAAUCCCUCUACCAUUUACCCACCUCCCUUUACCCGAAUUCCUCUACCAUCUACCCACCUCCCUUUACCCGCUGCCAUUUACCCACCUCCCUUUACCCGAAUCCCUCUACCAUUUACCCACCUCCCUUUACCCACAUUACCCGCUACCCUCUACCAUUUACCCGCUACCCUCUUACUAUUGUUUACCUUCCUCCUACUACCCGCUUCCCUCUACCCUUUACCUGCUACCCGCUACAGCAACCCUUUAUCCACUGCACUUCACCCUCCACUUAUCCUGAUUGGGUCAGACCACCCACAUCUCGUCACCCCGACGGAGCCUAUACGAGCUGGACCAGAAGGGCCCAUUGCUGUCCAUACAUCCUUGGGUUGGGCUGUGCAAGGUCCAGCCCAUCUACUUCUCUCCACCCAAGCUGUACAGUCACAGCAAGUCCUCUUCACCAGAAGCAAUCCAGAUGCAGCCAUUAACCUCCUUCGGAAUGUUGAGAUGCUCUGGAAGAUGGACACCUUCUCCAACCGGAAGCUACAGGAGGUCACUCGCUCGAAACAUGACUCCUAUGCAUUAGACCUCCUGGAGAAGAGCACCACCACCACUGAAAUGGAUGGCGUUCGCAGGUAUGCAACCCCACUGCUACGGGUGCCCAACCAUCCUCCUCUGGCAACCACGACACGGGCUGUACUCCCACUACUGCAUGGAACGGAGCGGCGCCUGGUGAAGAAUCCUGAGCUUGCAGAAGUUCAUAACCGAGAGAUUCAUAACCUUGUGAAGGCAGAAGUGACAGCUCAUGAAGAGGGAAACGCACUCUGUGAAUCCUGGUAUCUCCCUCACCAUGUUAUCCAGCAACAUGGUGGGAAGUAUAGACUUGUCUUCAACUGUACAUUCCAAGCUGCUGGUCAAAGCCUGAAUGACUGUCUACUCCCCGGACCAACCUUAGGUCCUUCCUUUGCUCGGUGUCCUUCUCCGGUUCCGGCAGCACUCUACAGCCAUCAGUGGAGACAUCAAAGCCAUGUUUCAUCAGAUUCGUUUACUGCCUUCCGACACCACACUGCUCCGGUUCAUAUGGCGAGAUAUGGAACGAGAUGCAGAGCCCACAAUCUAUGAAUGGCAGGUACUCCCAUUUGGCACCACCUGCAGUCCUUGCUGUGCCAUAUACGCUCUGCAGAGACACGCACGGGAGCAUCCAGACAGUGACCCAGAAGUAUUGGAUUCAGUGGAAAAUGCCUUCUAUGUGGAUAACUGCUUACAGAGCAUCCCAUCCACGGCUGAAGCGAAAGCACUCCUUCAUAGAGUACGUACAGUGGGCGAGUAACAGAGCAGAGGUUAUCCAGCACCUCCCGCCACCAGCCAGGUCCAGUAGCAGUGAACUAUGGCUAUCGCAGUCUGGCGCUAACCCACAAGAGCCCACUCUAGGACUGAGAUGGAGCUGCAUACCGGAUACCCUUGGGUACAAGCAUCGCUUAGCCAUGAGUACCGAAACCCUCACUCUGCGCACCGUCUACCGGAACCUGGCCAGUCAAUACGAUCCCCUUGGGUAUAUCCUGCCAUACGCAACCCGGGCCAAAGUCUUAGUCCAGGACCUGUGGCAGACCAAGAGGGACUGGGAUGAACCGAUCCACCCGGCUGACCUAGUGGAAUGAUGGACCUGUUGGAAAACAGAGUUAUCGGAGCUCUCUGAAGUCCAAAUGCCAAAAUGUUAUGUACCACUCUGUGCUGACCAACCGGGAUCAUGCCUGGAACUGCAUGUGUUCUGUGACACUUUGGAGCGAGCUUAUGGGGCUGUUUCUUAUCUAAAGAGGAUCUAAACGAUGUCAAUAAAAGCGAUGAAUUGG